CUAGAAUUGGUUUUGACCCUUCCUUAAGCUGUUGCUUGUGUCAGAGAUGCUGCUGUCAGGAUUCUGUUGCACAAAGAGAAAGAUAAAAAUAUCUCUCUGACUCGUGCAUUUUCUCCCUUUUCCAUCCUCUUGCCAAGAACACUGGAAAUGGAUCCCAGGCCUAUUGGAGGCAUUAGGUUGUCAGUUUGAAUCCCAGUGGUCGAGAAAGAAAUGUGGGUAAUAACUAGCUGAUGGUGGAGAAGAAAGGAACUCCAGGAGCUGGCAAAGUGGAGGUCCUGGAACUUUCAAGAGCUCCAGUCUCUAUAGGAAAACCUGUGAGGGGAGAAGUCUUCGCGGUAUCACCACUUCCUGUCGACCAGGGCUCAGGCUGCCUUCCUCCGAGCACCACACAUCAAAAGUGAAAGAGGCAGAAACUCUCCAGAUGUCUUCCAAUAAUGACCAAGUUUGUAUCCCAAUGUCACGAAGAAACACCAGUGACCUCCCCAGGACAACCUCCAACAACCUGAAGACGUUUACCGAAGUAGCUGUGCUAAGUUUUCAUAACAUCAACUAUCGAGUAAAAGUGAAGAGCGGCUUUCUUCUUGGUCGAAAAACAGUUGAGAAAGAAAUACUGACAAAUAUCAAUGGCAUCAUGAGACCUGGCCUCAAUGCCAUUCUGGGACCCACAGGUGGAGGCAAAUCUUCGUUGUUAGAUGUCUUAGCUGCGAGGAAAGAUCCACAUGGAUUAUCUGGAGAUGUUUUGAUAAAUGGAGCACCUCGACCUGCCAAUUUCAAAUGUAAUUCAGGUUACGUGGUACAAGAUGAUGUCGUGAUGGGCACUCUGACAGUGAGAGAAAAUUUACAGUUCUCAGCAGCUCUACGGCUUCCAACAACUAUGUCGACUUAUGAAAAAAAUACGCGGAUUAACAGGGUCAUUCAGGAAUUAGGUCUGGAUAAAGUGGCGGAUUCCAAGGUUGGAACUCAGUUUAUCCGAGGUGUGUCCGGAGGAGAAAGAAAAAGGACUAGUAUAGGAAUGGAGCUCAUUACGGACCCAGCCAUCUUGUUCCUGGAUGAGCCCACGACUGGCUUAGACUCAAGCACAGCAAAUGCUGUCCUUUUGCUCCUGAAGAGGAUGUCUGAACAGGGACGAACAAUCAUUUUCUCCAUUCAUCAACCUCGUUAUUCUAUCUUCAAGUUGUUUGACAGCCUCACCUUGUUGGCCUCAGGAAGACUGAUGUUCCAUGGGCCUGCCCAGGAGGCCUUGGGGUACUUUUCAUCCAUAGGUUACCAAUGUGAGCCCUAUAACAACCCUGCAGACUUCUUCCUGGAUGUUAUUAAUGGAGACUCCUCUGCUGUGGUGUUGAACAGAGAGGACCAGACAGGUGAAGUUCUGGAGCUGGAAGUCCAAGAUGAAGCAAAGGAGACUGAAGAGCCUUCCAAGAAAGAUACUCCGCUCAUAGAAAAAAUAGCUGAGUCAUAUGCCAGCUCUGCCUUCUGCAGAAAAACAAAGGAAGAUUUGAGACAACUCUCAGAGGGUCAGAAAAAGAAGAGCUCAGCCUUCGGGGAGGUCACCUACGCCACCUCCUUCUGUCACCAACUUCGAUGGAUUUCCAAGCGUUCGUUCAAAAACUUACUGGGUAAUCCCCAGGCCUCUAUAGCUCAGAUAAUUGUAACAGUCUUCCUGGGAUUGGUUAUAGGUGCCAUUUUCUAUGAUCUAAAAAAUGACCCUACGGGAAUCCAGAAUAGAUCAGGGGUGCUCUUCUUCCUGACCACCAACCAGUGUUUCAGCAGUGUGUCAGCCGUGGAGCUUUUCGUGGUUGAGAAGAAGCUCUUUAUACAUGAAUAUAUCAGCGGGUACUACAGAGUGUCAUCUUAUUUCUUUGGAAAACUGUUAUCUGAUUUACUACCCAUGAGGAUGUUACCAAGUAUUAUAUUUACUUGUAUAAUAUACUUCUUGUUAGGACUGAAACCAGUUGUGGAGGCUUUCUUCAUCAUGAUGUUUACCCUUAUGAUGGUGGCGUAUUCAGCCAGUUCUAUGGCACUAGCCAUAGCAGCAGGCCAGAGUGUGGUAUCCAUAGCAACACUUCUCAUGACCAUCUCCUUUGUGUUUAUGAUGAUAUUUUCAGGGCUGUUGGUAAAUCUCACAACCAUCGUGCCUUGGCUAUCAUGGCUUCAGUACUUAAGCAUUCCUCGAUACGGCUUUGCGGCCUUGCAGCAUAAUGAAUUUUUGGGACAAAACUUCUGCCCAGGACUCAAUGUAACAACAAAUAAUACCUGUAGUUAUGCAAUAUGUACUGGUGAAGAAUUUUUGGUAAACCAGGGCAUCGAUCUCUCCGCUUGGGGCCUGUGGAAGAAUCACGUAGCCUUGGCAUGCAUGAUUGUUAUCUUCCUUACAAUUGCCUACCUGAAAUUGUUAUUUCUUAAAAAAUUUUCUUAAAUUACUCUUUAAUUUACAUAAUUUACAUGUACAUUAAAAAAAAAGAGCAUCUUGAUUUAUUU